GUUAAAGACUUCCCAGACGCCUUGAGAACCAAGAGAGAGCUAAUUAUCAUGCUAUACAAGUUGCUAUGGUUUCUGAGUGUAAAGCAUAGCGCUGUGAACUUUCCAGUACCUGACUAUGGGGCAUUCACUCCCCUUAUGCCAACCAAGGUUUACAACGACACGCAGGUACCACGAGGAGAGUUUGGCGUCUUCAAUUUACCUAAUGGCAACGUAUCGUCAGUCAGUGCGUUAAUCAAUAAUAAUAGUUUAGUCCAAAGCGCAACUAAUUAAAACCCCCAAAAUGUUCUGAUGACUUGUGCGAAAAAUUUAUCGUGAUUGAUAAAAUUCCCGCGUUUUCACGGUUGUUAGGUCUCUCAUGUCCCAUUACCGAGCAUUUGCGGGAGCUGGCGACCAAAUUUGUGGUGACGUCAUCGAAGGAGAUCAAUUUCCGUGUACUCAUGAGCAUAUGGCCUGAAGGCGGGCUACUAAUUUCCGACAAACAUCCCCUUUUCCUUUUUAUGAGCGUUGUCUUUUUCGGGGGGUGUUCCUCGUAAAUAAACGACGUGGUUAGUCUAACUUUUUAUCUCCUGUUCUUUCUCCAGAUGCAGUUUCAAGUCGCAGUGAACGUUGGUACACUUCAUUACGACACGUUAUUUGAUUACUAUUCACAGCUGCCCGAUCCCAAUGCGUCCAAACUCGUUGAUACUAAAAUACUACAAUUUCUACAAAAAAGGCAUAAAUCGCAAGUUAAAGCGAAGAAAUCGGAUGUGAUA